UCUCACCAGUCCACCUCCCCCCUCUUCUCGCGCUCUCCAUCUCUCCCCUCUCUCUACAAGCUCUCUUCUCUCUCUCUCUACUAGUCGUCUUUGUCUUUAAGGAGAAGAAAAGAAGCUAUCUCGCUGCUUACCUUUCCCCACGCACCCAUACGUGUGUGUGUGUGAAUAAUUACAUAUCCAUUUAUAUAUCUCGGCUCAAGCUUCAUUGACACACAGCAUUUUCCGCUGAGAGAAAGCGACAACAAAUCCGGAAAAGAGAAUCGAACAAUGUCGUUCGCUUUGCGAGCUCGCACCACGUGAUUUCUGACACAUUCUUCUUCUUCCUCAUCAUCCUUUUUCCCCCAAUUUUUUAAUCUGUAGGUAUGCAUACGCAUACGCAAUGCUGGAACUAAAGCAACUGAUCGAACGGAGUGGUGCGAUUUCUUUUCGUUGCUUUUCCCCCUUUUGUGUGGAGUGAUGGCGAGCUCAUCUUCUCGAGGAAGGAACAGUUCACCGUUUCAGUAUCAGAAACCGACGAGUCCGUACUCGUCGACGUCGUCUACAUCGUCGCUGAUGAACAGUCGGUUAAUGACGCGGUCGUGCUCUUCUUCGGUGACGUCGUUUCACGGGGAUGGUUACGGAGCUAGAUCCGCGAUGCCGGGACAGAGUAGAGGGGAUUAUCCGCUGGACCAGACGCCGGUGAGUUACCCAUCGGUGGAUGACCAGCUGAUUAGCGAACCAGAUAAUUCUACUUCGAGAUCGGGGGAUAGCAUUUCGGUGACGAUUAGAUUUCGGCCUUUGAGUGAUCGGGAAUAUCAGAGAGGGGAUGAGAUUGCUUGGUAUACAGAUGACGAUAACAUUGUGCGAAAUGAGUAUAAUCCGAUGACUGCCUAUGCAUUUGACAGAGUAUUUGGGCCUGAUACGAUCACUGAAGAAGUAUAUGAAGUAGCUGCUCGACCUGUAGUUAAGUCUGCAAUGGAGGGCAUAAAUGGGACUGUAUUUGCUUAUGGUGUUACUAGCAGUGGAAAGACACAUACUAUGCAUGGGGAUCAUGAUUCUCCUGGCAUAAUACCAUUGGCUAUAAAGGACGUCUUUAGCAUGAUCCAAGAUACUCCAGGUCGCGAAUUCUUACUUCGGGUGUCAUAUCUCGAAAUCUAUAAUGAGGUGAUUAAUGACUUGCUGGAUCCAACUGGUCAAAAUUUGCGUGUCAGAGAGGAUGCACAGGGGACUUAUGUUGAGGGCAUUAAAGAGGAAGUUGUUUUGUCUCCUGGACAUGCUCUUUCAUUUAUUGCUGCUGGAGAAGAACAUCGUCAUGUUGGAUCAAAUAAUUUCAACCUAUUCAGCAGCCGUAGUCAUACGAUAUUUACGUUGAUGAUCGAAAGUAGUGCACAUGGAGAUGACUAUGAUGGAGUUAUAUUCUCACAAUUGAACCUAAUCGAUUUAGCUGGAUCUGAGAGCUCAAAAACAGAAACAACUGGUCUACGGAGAAAAGAAGGAUCUUACAUAAAUAAAAGUCUUCUAACACUUGGAUCUGUGAUUGGGAAACUUAGUGAAGGGAAAGCGGCACAUGUUCCCUACCGAGAUUCAAAGCUUACACGACUUUUGCAGUCUUCGCUAAGUGGGCAUGGACAUGUUUCGCUUAUAUGCACAAUUACUCCUGCAUCAAGUAAUUUGGAGGAAACACAUAACACACUAAAAUUUGCAAGCAGGGCAAAGCGUGUUGAAAUAUAUGCCUCACGUAAUAAGAUAAUUGAUGAGAAAUCGCUGAUCAAGAAGUAUCAACGAGAAAUAUCAUGUCUCAAAGAGGAACUCGAUCAACUCAGAAGUGGAGUGAUCGUUGGCGUCCCCCAUGAAGAAAUUUUGGUCCUAAAACAGCAGUUGGAAGAAGGACAAGUCAAAAUGCAAUCGAGAUUGGAGGAGGAAGAAGAAGCUAAGUCAGCUCUAAUGAGCAGAAUUCAAAGGUUAACAAAGUUAAUACUUGUUUCCUCAAAAAAUUCAAUGCCUGGACAAUUGGGUGAGACACCUUCUCACCAAAGGAGUCUUUCCGCUUCUGAGGAUGAUAAGUUGGAUGUUCUGCAUGAUGGUUCUGUUAAACUUGAUGGCGAGAAUCAAAAAGAUUCUUCUUCUGCUUUAAUAAUUUCAUCAGAGGCUUAUCAUUUAAAACAUAGAAGAUCAUUCAGCAAGUGGAAUGAUGAUAUUUCACAAGCUGGCAGUACUUUAACUGAAACAACUCGAGCGGGUGAACUUAUUAGUGGUUCUUCCUGUGCGUCAAAACUGCCUAUAGAUGAGGUGACUAUGUCAGAUCAUAUGGACCUUCUGGUGGAGCAAGUGAAGAUGCUUGCAGGAGAGAUUGCUUUUAGCACUAGCACCCUAAAGCGUCUAGUAGAGCAGUCUGCAAACGACCCUGAAAGCUCAAGAUCGCAGAUUGAGAACUUGGAGCGUGAAAUUCAAGAGAAGCGGAAGCAGAUGAGAGUUUUGGAACAACGAAUAGUUGACAGUGGUGAAGCUUCAGUUGCUAGUGCAUCAAUGGUUGAAAUGCAACAGACCAUUACGAAGCUCAUGGCACAGUGCAGUGAGACGGGUUUUGAGCUUGAGAUUAAAUCUGCAGACAACCGUGUACUUCAAGAACAGCUUCAGAAUAAGUCUGCAGAAAUCAAGGAAUUGGAAGAGAAGAUUCUCCAGCUGGAGCAGCAAUUAGCUUCUGUUUCGAGUGACAAUAAGUCGUCUACUUCUGGGAAUUGUGUCCCUGAUGAAUAUACUGAAGAGUUGAAGAAAAAAGUUCAGUUGCAGCUGGUCCAUCAGGAAAUGGAGACUGAAAAGCUGAAAUUACAACAUGUUCAAAUUCUAGAGGAGAAUAGCGGAUUGCACAUACAAAAUCAGAAACUAGCUGAGGAAGCUUCUUACGCUAAGGAACUAGCAUCAGCUGCUGCAGUAGAGCUAAAGAACUUAGCUGGUGAAGUCACCAAGCUGUCGCUACAGAAUUCAAAACUAGAGAAGGAAAUGCAGGUGGCUCGUGAGUUGAGCACUAGAAGUUCUGGCAGUUAUGGUGGUAACCGCAAGCACAAUGAUGUUCAAAGAACUAAUCGUAGAGGUCGCGUUUCUGGCAGAGCAAAUGAAGUUUCUGGAAUGGUUAAUGAUGAUUUUGACAUGUGGAAUCUUGACCCAGAGGAUAUAAAAAUGGAGUUAGAAGCCCGAAAGCAACGCGAGGCCAUCCUUGAGGCUGCCUUGGCUGAGAAGGAAAUUUUGGAAGACGAGUACAGGAAAAAGGUUGAGGAGGCAAAGAAGAGGGAAGCUGCUCUAGAAAAUGAUCUGGCAAACAUGUGGGUACUGGUUGCUCGUCUAAAGAAAGAGGUUGCUUCUGCGCAAGAAACAAAGGUUAUUGGUACUCAGAAUGAAGAUGCAGGCCAAUUAGGUGAUGCAAAAAGUGACAGUGAUCACAAAGAUCCACCCCUUCAGAAUCGCCAAGCUCAAGAAAACUCAAUGACAAGUUCAGUCGUUGCCAAAGAAGAGCCACUAGUGGUCCGCCUGAAGGCUCGAAUGCAAGAGAUGAAGGAGAAAGAGCUUCGACACAGUGGGAAUGGAGAUGCAAAUUCUCAUGUGUGUAAAGUUUGUUUUGAAUCUCCUACAGCUACCAUGCUUCUACCAUGUCGUCAUUUUUGCUUAUGCAAGUCAUGUUCCCUUGCUUGCUCAGAAUGUCCUAUUUGCCGAACAAGCAUCAGUGAUCGGAUUUUUGCCUUUACUUGAUAAACUAAGUUAACCAUCCUUCGGAGAUAAGGGAUCACAGUUCUCUCCAAUGUUCACCUGCAAAACGCAGGUUCUAUUCUUUCAUUGAUCGACCUGUAUGUAAUUGAACUCAACUAAAAUUAUCGCUCUCCGUUUCUUCCUCUGUACAAAGGGACUGUGCUUCCCGAGCCCCCUUGAGGCGAAAACUACUGAGUAAGCUCAUGGUAGAUAAGUUCCAUGGACAAUCUCCGCCCGUGGAAGAAACAAACUUGGUCAUUUAAUGGAACUCGUUAUUUAUGCUGAACAUUCUUAAUUUUAUUUUGCGCUCCCUUUGUAUAAAUAGAAGUAGCUGAAUCUCCAAGUAGCUGCUAAAUCAUGUGAUGUGAGGGAAGAAAAAAAAGGAAUGAAACUGUCAAUAAUGACAAGCAAUUUCAACUUCAAUUUUUAAUGUCCAUAUUCCCUCUUCACGGAUUUGUUAUGAAUGGUAUUAAAUCCAAAAUUAUUGUUCCAGAUUAAAGAAUUGCAUGUGAUGAUGUUUAA